UUUCUUUCUGCUAUCUUGUAGCAUUAUGAGACAGCAGCAGUGGCUCAAAGUAUCCAGCCCUCCUUGUCAAGGUUAUUCAUUAAUGCUCAGUAGACUGUUGCACUGCUGUUUCACUGUAUGGAGACAUUAACAAUUGGAAUCGUACACUGCAUAAACAGUCAUGGAAUUGUUUUUGAUCUGAUAUGUCUUUACUGAGGUUAUCGCUUUUCAAUAUUUUUAAUUUGGAAAACAGUGGAUUUACAGCAUUAAAGCAGCAAUGCAGAUCAGAUGGAUGGGUCUGUUAGUGCUCAGUGCCCUCACUGGAACCUCUACAGAUGGAUUUGCAGUGCAAACUCCACAGAAGUCCGUCUCAGCUCCGUACGGAGCCUCCGUCACUCUGCCCUGCGGAAUCUCUCCAGCCACCAGUGCAGUGGAUCUGGAGUUGCGCUGGCACCGACCCGAUGGGUUCAACACCCCGGUUCUGUUCUACAGGAACAAAGCGGUACAGCCUGUAGAACCUCAGUACAGGGGCAGAGUGUCUCUGAUAGGGCAGCUGGAGAAGGGGAACGUGUCCCUGAGACUGGAGAACCUCACGCUGGCAGACAGAGGAGAGUAUGUGUGCUACAUCAAGAGUUCCUCAUGGUAUGAUAAGGCGAGCAUGGUCCUGUCCAUGGCAGUGGUAGGCUCUGCUCCACUUAUUUCAUUGUCUGAAGAGCCUGUGCUCACCUGGACAGACAGAGAGGGGAGAGUCCUACCUGCAAUCCCCAGAGUGCUUUGGACAGAUGAUGCUGGUUUGGUGGGAGUGAGUUCCUGGCUGCUCUCCUCUUCCUCUGAGUCAGAGUGGCUCUCCUGCUCUGUGGGUGUGUCUGAUCAGGAGAUGAGAGAGGGCCGGAUCUUACCGUACAUCUCCAGAGGACAGACUACAGACACAACAGGCCAGCGUGGCCAUUUGACUGUUCCAUUCAUCAUUAUACUUCUUCAGUUGACACUCAUCUUUGGGGUUUUCCUCCUCUACAGAAGAGGUUUAAUUCAGUUCUCUGUUGCUUCAGAGUCCACACCACUGUCAGGUGAGAGGCCAGCAUGUGCAUGUGCAGAAAGGGCAGAGAAAUGCAUGAACACAGAAAGUGUAAUCACAACCCCAGAUUGGGAUAAUGUGAAAGCAUUUCAAGUUAAGGACAUCAGUCUGAACCGUAAAACUGCCCCUGACUUUCUGGAGGUGAAAGAUGAUGGAAAAAAGAAAAACACAGGAGUGAGGUGUCCUGAUCCUCAGAAAGCCCAGGACCAUGUAAACAGGUUUCCCCAUGUUCUGUGUGAGGAGAGAUUCUGCUCUGGACAGCGCUGCUGGGGGGUGAAGAUUUGGGCAGAAGGAUUGAUGAAGAAUGACCACAUCAGUGACAAGCAGUCGUGGUAUGUGGGGGUGUGCAGUGACACAGUAAGUCAAACACACAGAGUCCCUUUAACCCCACAGAACGGCUUCUGGGUUCUUCAGUAUGAGAAAGGAACAGGACUCUUUGCCAACACAGACCCUCCAACUCCAGUGCAGGUGGCAACAUUGUUUAAGAGGCUGGGAGUGUUUCUGGACUGUGACAAACACACUCUGUCCUUUUACAAUGUGGACACUAAAUCACACUUGUGCACCUUUGAGAAUGUGAAAGCUGCCAACCUGAUUCCUCUGAUUAGUCCUGGAGUCAGAGAUUCUGAACUCAUGAAGAUAUGUGCAGAUGUAGACAAGAAACAAAAAGGCAAAGACGAGAGCACCAAUAGGAAAAAUAGUAAUAAAUUAAAACUAGAUGUACCGCAGAGUGGUACAAGAUAUGACCGCCGCCCAGUCCAGCACAUUUUUUCCACAAAAAUAAAUCACGCUGAAAGGCCUAUUGACUCUAAGAUGGACUCUGACAAAAUAAUAAAACAGAAGCAGUCGUGGUAUGUGGGGGUGUGCAGUGACACAGCAGAGCGAAUACACAGAGUCCCUUUAACUUCACAGAACGGCUUCUGGGUUCUUCAGUAUGAGAAAGGAACUGGACUCUUUGCCAACACUGACCCUCCAACUCCAGUGCAGGUGUCAAAGCUGUUUAAGAGACUGGGGGUGUUUCUGGACUGUGACAAACACACUCUGUCCUUUUACAAUGUGGACACUAAAUCACACUUGUGCACCUUCGAGAAUGUGAGAGCUGCCAACCUGAUUCCUCUGAUUAGUCAGUUAGAGACUCUUAUGCCAUGAGAAGGCCUAUAUGUG